AAAUCAACAAGUAUGGCGGCAGCGGCAGCGGCUUGAGCUGUCAGUCGUCGUUUCUGUGAAAACAAAUAUAAUAAAGUGAAUUUUAUAGCUUUAUAUCAAUAAUGUCGUCGACGGAGCCGUCGCAAAACAAAACAUGGGAACUCUCCCUCUACGAACUUCAUCGGACUCCUCAGGAAGUUAUUACAGAUGCCACUGAAAUAGCGGUAUCACCCAGAAGCUUGCACAGUGAAUUGAUGUGUCCAAUUUGUUUAGAUAUGCUGAAAAAGACGAUGACCACAAAAGAAUGCUUACACAGGUUCUGCUCCGAUUGUAUUAUAACAGCUCUACGCUCAGGUAAUAAGGAAUGUCCUACGUGUCGAAAAAAACUAGUGUCAAAAAGGUCAUUGAGACCAGACCCCAACUUUGACUUGCUGAUAUCCAAGAUAUACCCGAGUCGCGACGAGUACGAGGCGCAUCAAGAGCGCCUGAUCAACAAGCUGAACAUGUCGCACUCGCAGGCGUCCCUGGUCAAUUCUAUCACAGAGGGAAUCAAGUUGCAGUCACAGAACAGGCCACAGCGUUCGCGCAAGAACCAAGAUGAAACCAGCGCCUCUAACUCUAGUGGUAAUGCGGAACCCGCCCAGAAUGGAAACUCAUCUAUUCCGAAAGACUCUCCUUCAACGGGCAACCCCACACCGUCAGGUGGCCAGUCCACCUCUAACCCUGCAUCAGUGCGGAGCACACCGUCACCUGUUCCAUCCAACUUGAGCUCCAUAUCAAAGAACACAAGCAUCACUAAAAGAGCCAAGUCUAUUUUAACAUCAGAAAGAAGUGAGGAGAGUGAAUCGAGUGAUGGCAGGACAGAGGGUGAAAACUCAAUGGACACGGAGGGUGAAGGGGAGCCCCUGAACCCCAAUGAGAUAGAGCUGGUGUUCAAGCCGCACCCCACGGAGAUGGCCGGAGACAACCAGCUGAUGCGAGCGUUGCGGGACAGCUCCGUGCGCUACUUGAAGACCACUGCUAAUGCUUCAGUGGACCAUCUCAGCAAGUACUUGGCUAUGCGUCUGACACUGGACCUGGACGCCGAGCUACCUGAAGCGUACCGCCUCCUGAACUUCUGUAUCUAUGUGGCGCCAGCCCCGGGCCAGUUUGUGCCCCUGGCCGGCUCGCAGACCCUCCGGCAAAUUAACGACAAAUUCUGGAAGGUGAACAAACCACUGGAGAUGUAUUACUCAUGGAAGAAAACCUAGAGAUAAAUUCAUUUUAGUUAUGUUUACCUAGAGGCAUAACUAAAAUGACAUUUCCAACCUAAUUGUCAUACUUACAUGCAGUGAAUAAAAUUAAUUAUUAAUCAAUUUAAAUUAAAUGAGAAAUGGACUCUCUGAUUGUAUAGAAUGUGAUAGGAUUUUAAUGGAAUUAAUAUCUGAAGUGAAGAAAUUUUAUUGUCUGUAGAUAAGUUUUAAAUGUAGUUUUAAGGUUUGUAUUGUAUUCUAGUAAUUUUAUUAGAUAUUUUAUAUAAUAUGGCUCUGAUGUGGUUUUGCGGUCAGCAAAUAUGCAAGUUUUACUAAGAAAUUACAUUAACAUUUUAAAUAAUUCACAUAUAUUUAAUGGUACUAUGCUUAUAACAUCAAUAUGUACAAAAUACAGACGCCAUUAUUGUGUGAAACCUUUGUGGGACUUAUAAAAGAGUGCACAUCACCCAAUCAUAAAAAAAAUUACCCUGAGUAUGAGUAGUUAUUGUAAUUAUGAUACCUAAUACUGUAUGAAGUAGAAAAUAAAUUAUUAUAAUAUGUACAAUGUAUGCAAUUACCUAUUUUAUUAAAUGACAUAAGUAUUCCUAUGUAU